AUGUUUGGAAAUGGCAAGAUUGAUCGAUUUGGUGCUAUUAUCUUUGCAGCAGGGUAUAAAGCACUGUUUGGAACUGGCUCAAGGUGGCACAACCACAGUCACAAAGAGCUCAAGCUGCUUUUCAGUUUAGUAUCAAUAGACAUCUCGGGUUCAUUGGUUCUGUAUAACAAGCCCCAGAAGGAUGCUGCUUAUAAUUGCCUGUGCUCUAUUCUUCGCGGAGGUCAAGGAUGCAAUAUUUGCCGUGAAAACCCUUUGGAUCCAAUGGCAGAUUCGGGCCACGGUUGUAGUGAGCGUUUGCGUUCAACUCCUGCUUGUCAUAUUGGUGUUUCGCUACUGUACAUGCUUGGUGAUUGGAUAGCAACAGUUGCUCUGAAUAGCCUCCUUAAGAGCAGUGAGGAACAAUUAACAAGCCCAUUGGUUGUUUUUUGGGCACCUUUCCUGCUCUUGCAUCUUGGUGGGCCUGAUACAACCACUGCUUAUUCUUUAUUAGAGAGUGACGGCUGGGUCAAACAUUUAUUGGGCCUACGCUUCCAACUUGGGGUUGCUCUUUAUGUCUAUCUCGAGUUUUGGACCAUAACCAUAACAACCCUGACAUAUCUGGCGAUUCCAAUAUUCAUUGUUGGGAUUAUCAAAUACGGGGAAAGGGUUUUGGUUCUUUUCAGUGCUAGCGAUGCACAGCUACAGAAGUCAGUUUUCAAAACUCCAACUAAUUCAGGCAUCGAAGAUGCUCAUUUAGGGGUUGAUCAGCAGAGAGUGGUGGUCCCGUUGGAUGAUUAUUUACAAGGCAAAGGAAUUCAUUCGAAAUACAGACAUCUUUCAUCGAGCAUUUCUAUCAUUCAGGAGGCUCGGGCCCCUAUUUUUGGACCUCAAGCUCAGUAUUUACAAACUGCUAAUUCUGACAGGGGAAUUCAGUGGUUGACUAAUCAUUACAACAAGCUGCUUAAGGCAAUUGGAUCUAGUUUGGUUUCUGUAACUAAGACCAAUAGAUCAGGAAUACAGUCAAUGGCACAAAACAGCCUAAUAGACUAUUGCCUCAAGGCCAGGUCAACCAAGUUUCCUUUGGUUCCAAGAAUUUUUGACACUGAGGAUUUCAUGGGCAAGUAUCGAAAUACUUCUUGGAAAGAUGUGAAUGUUGAUUUAAAGAACGCCAUCUACACUCACUUAUUAAAGAAACGGGAGAAAUAUGAACAGGAACACUUUGAUUACGACUAUCUUUUAAGGUUGUUAGAUGAGAGGGCCCUUACUGUGUCGCAUGAGACAAGUACUCUCUCUAUUCCUGAUUGGAACAUAGGUGGUGUAGAAUUCACCCAGAGUCUCCUCAUUCGGCACAUUGCUACCGAUAUUCUUUUCCAUGACGAUCAUCAAAGCGAUUUAGAUACUUGUACGGAGGCCAUGAGUUUCUUUCAUAAGAACUUAACACACAAGGAAGUUAUCAACGCUUUGCUUGGUCUUGAUACGAAAUCUCGAUCUUUUUUUAUACGGAUGGGAAGUGAAAAGAAGUCGGUAUUCUUUGAAGGAUGCCAGCUUGCCAAUGAAUUGCAAAUUUUUUCUUCGGACUUUCGAUGGGAAAUAAUUGCUGCACUAUGGCUUGAAAUGUUGUCUUAUGGUGCAAGUCAGUGCACAUGGAGAGAGCAUGCUAAACAACUUAAGCAAGGUGAGGAGUUGCUCACUCGUGUUGCCCUUCUCAUGGCACAUCUUGGUUUAAGCAAGAACAUCCAGAUGGUGGAUAUUCCCAAAGAUCUUGACGAAGCAGGCUAUCAGCCUCGAUGGGAUUGGGACAAUCUUGACCGAUUGGCUUAUUACAUGGUUUAAUAUGAAAUUAAUUUUUUUUUAAAAAAUGACCAAAUAAGCACUCUUUAUCAUGUAACUAGCUCAUCAUAGGCACAUCAUUAGAGCUAGCUCAAUCUUUGACCAAGUGUUAUAUUGUUCUGUUGGAUUUUCUC